CCUGGCCCACGGCGGAACCGACCGCGCGAACGCCUGCUCUCAGGUCUCGGACGCGCAGACCCAGCUGCUCCGGGCGGGGGGCCUGUGCCAGGCCUCUUUUGUGCUGGACGUCAAGGUGCGGCGCGGAGAACGAGCUUUGCUGCCGCCCCGGCAGGCUCUGUCUGCAUGGACCCCUUUAAACUGGGCGGGAAGCGGAGCGCUUCCUUACACACCCGUACGGGUGGUCAGGACCCCUCCGCUCAUCUAUGCUGGACCUAGACUGGGCCUGCACAUCUGCCACCGGGGCCUGGCCCUCUGUACGUCGGCCCCGUGAAAGGUCCUCCUGCUCGCGAGUGAGGAAGAAUUGGGCUCUUCUGCACGCUACAACUAAAGUCCUGGGACUCCCUGCAUGUCAGUGAGGAGUAUGUAAGCCCCUCUCCACCCAUCUACUGAACUGAUUGCAGAGCUGCACGUGCCGGUGGCUCUGGCACGCAGUAAAUUUUUUUUUUUUUUUUUUGGAGAUGGAGUCUCUCUGUCUCCCAGGCUGGAGUGCAAUGGCGCGAUCUUGGCUCACUGCAACCUCCGCCUCCCGGGUUCAAGCGAUUCUCCUACCUCAGCCUUCCGAGUAGCCGGGAUUAAAGGCGCCCACCACCACACUCAGCUAAUUUUUGUAUUUUUAGUAGAGACAGGGUUGGCCGGGCUGGUCUCGAACUUCUGACUCAGGCGAUCCGCCGCUUCGGCCUCCCAAAGUGCUGGGAUUACAGAUGUGAGCCACCGCACCUGGCCAAAUGUUUGAUUGAAUGAAGGAACAAGUGAAAGAACAUUUAUAUGACAGAAGACCAGGCCUUUGUUACUGCUCCUAGGAUGCAUCUCCCCUUAGCUUUGACCUUUUAGGGAACUGAAGUGACAUGGAAAAGAUUAAGCCUGGUCUGUGCCACAGAACUUAAGGGAUUUUACUGAAGACACUGGUUCCUCCAUCGUCAUGGGAAAAUGCCAUAUGUCAUAUAAUUCUAACAGUAAUACUAAUACCUAUUGAGCACUUACCGGGUUUGAAUGAGCUCAUUUAAUCUUCACAAAUAUAUGGGGUAGAUACUAAUAUUAUUCACAAUUUACAGGUUGGAAAACUGAGGCUCAGAGAAGUUAAGCCUAGUUUAGAGGAGAACAUCUCAAUGUUAUAUUGCUUUCUCCAGUCUUCUCCCUAUUCUGUUUCUUCCCCAGUCACUGCAUCCCAUGCUUCAACAAGUACAAAGGUGUCGCCACAGUGAUGGCAGUGGAGGACAGCACGCUGCAAGUGGUGGUACGGGUGCGGCCCCCCACCCCUCGGGAGCUGGACAGUCAGCGGCGGCCAGUGGUUCAGGUGGUGGACGAGCGGGUGCUGGUGUUUAACCCUGAGGAGCCCGAUGGAGGGUUCCCUGGCCUGAAAUGGGGUGGCACCCAUGAUGGCCCCAAGAAGAAGGGCAAAGACCUGACGUUUGUCUUUGACCGGGUCUUUGGCGAGGCGGCCACCCAACAGGAUGUGUUCCAGCACACCACGCACAGCGUCCUGGACAGCUUCCUCCAGGGCUACAACUGCUCAGUGUUUGCCUACGGGGCCACCGGGGCUGGGAAGACACACACCAUGCUGGGAAGGGAGGGGGACCCCGGCAUCAUGUACCUGACCACCGUGGAACUGUACAGGCGCCUGGAGGCCCGCCAGCAGGAGAAGCGCUUCGAGGUGCUCAUCAGCUACCAGGAGGUGUAUAAUGAACAGAUCCAUGACCUCCUGGAGCCCAAGGGGCCCCUUGCCAUCCGUGAGGACCCCGACAAGGGGGUGGUGGUGCAAGGACUUUCUUUCCACCAGCCAGCCUCAGCUGAGGAGCUGCUGGAGAUACUGACCAGGGGGAACCGUAACCGCACGCAGCACCCCACUGAUGCCAACGCGACUUCCUCCCGCUCCCAUGCCAUCUUCCAGAUCUUUGUGAAGCAGCAGGACCGGGUUCCAGGACUGACCCAGGCUGUCCAGGUGGCCAAGAUGAGCCUGAUUGACCUGGCUGGCUCAGAGCGGGCAUCCAGCACCCAUGCGAAGGGGGAGCGGCUGCGGGAGGGGGCCAACAUCAACCGCUCUCUGCUGGCGCUCAUCAACGUCCUCAAUGCCUUGGCCGAUGCAAAGGGCCGCAAGACCCAUGUGCCCUACCGGGACAGCAAACUGACCCGCCUGCUCAAAGACUCCCUCGGGGGCAACUGCCGCACAGUGAUGAUCGCUGCCAUCAGCCCCUCCAGCCUGACAUAUGAGGACACGUACAACACCCUCAAAUAUGCCGACCGGGCCAAGGAGAUCAGGCUCUCGCUGAAGAGCAAUGUGACCAACCUGGACUGUCACAUCAGCCAGUAUGCUACCAUCUGCCAACAGCUCCAGGCUGAGGUAGCCGCUCUGAGGAAGAAGCUCCAAGUGUAUGAGGGGGGAGGCCAGCCCCCACCACAGGACCUCCCAGGAUCUCCCAAGUCGGGACCACCACCACAACACCUUCCCAGCUCCCCCUUGCCACCCCACCCUCCCAGCCAGCCCUGCACCCCAGAGCUCCCUGCAGGGCCUAGAGCCCUUCAAGAGGAGAGUCUGGGGACGGAGGCCCAGGUGGAGAGGGCCAUGGAAGGGAACUCUUCAGACCAGGAGCAGUCCCCAGAGGAUGAGGAUGAAGGCCCAGCUGAGGAGGUUCCAACCCAGACGCCAGAGCAGAACCCCACACAUGCACUGCCAGAGUCCCCUGGCCUGACCCUGCAGCCCAAGCCAGUCGUGGGCCACUUCUCAGCACGGGAACUGGAUGGGGACCGUUCUAAGCAGUUGGCCCUAAAGGUGCUGUGCCUUGCCCAGCGGCAGUACUCCCUGCUCCAAGCAGCCAACCUCCUGACGCCCGACAUGAUCACAGAGUUUGAGACCCUACAGCAGCUGAUGCAAGAGGAAAAAAUUGAGCCUGGGGCAGAGGCCUUGAGGACUUCAGGCCUGGCCAGGGGGGCACCUCUGGCUCAGGAGCUGUGUUCAGAGUCAAAGCCUCCAGGAUACACUGGCCCUGUGACCCGGACUAUGGCGAGGCGACUGAGUGGCCCCCUGCACACCCUGGGAAUCCCGCCUGGACCCAACUGCACCCCAGCCCAGGGGUCCCGAUGGCCCAUGGAGAAGAGGAGGAGACCAAGCGCCUUGGAGCCAGACAGUCCCACAGCCCCAAAGCGGGGCACCAAGCGCCAGCGCCAGUCCUUCCUGCCCUGCCUGAGGAGAGGGUCUCUGCCUGACACCCAGCCUUCACAGGGGCCCAGCACCCCCAAAGGAGAAAGGGCCUCCUCCCCCUGCCAUUCCCCUCGCUUUUGCCCAGCCACAGUCAUCAAAAGCCGGGUGCCCCUGGGCCCUUCCGCCAUGCAGAACUGCUCCACCCCGCUGGCCCUGCCCACUCGAGACCUCAAUGCCACCUUUGAUCUCUCUGAGGAGCCUCCCUCAAAGCCCAGUUUCCAUGAAUGCAUUGGCUGGGACAAAAUACCCCAGGAGCUGAGCAGGCUGGACCAGCCCUUCAUCCCCAGGGCACCCGUGCCCCUGUUCACCAUGAAGGGCCCCAAGCCAACAUCUUCCCUCCCUGGGACCUCUGCCUGCAAGAAGAAGCGCGUUGCGAGUUCCUCAGUCUCCCGUGGCCGCAGCCGCAUCGCCCGCCUCCCCAGCAGCACUUUGAAGAGGCCAGCUGGGCCCCUUGUACUCCCAGGUGACUGGCACUAGGGACAGGGAUAGCCUGGGCCAUGGAGGCCGAUGAAGACAAGAAGGAGGAGGGGAUGGGGAGCUGAGACCCAGAAGAAAGGAGGGCCUAGGGUAUUGCCAAGCAUCUCAGGGAUGCUGCUGAUGAGACAGGUGGGAGGUGGGCUGGAGGACGGGGACAGAGCGUCACUUUCCUUCCUCGCUGCACUCCCCGCCACCUAUCCAACUGGCCUGCAGAGCUGCCCUUGAGUCCCCUGUGCCCUAGCAACUGGAGGAAUGGAAAGGACCUCAUCAGGGUGGGGAGAGCGCUCUCAGCAGGGAACGGCGUCACCAAGGUGUCCUGACCGCCAGAAUGUCCUGACCACCAAGGUGUCCUAACCUACCGGCCCCUCUGCUGGAUACCCCUCUUGGACCUGUAGCCACCUGCACCAGGAGCUGGACCUGCCUUCCUUACCUGGGAGCAAUUAGUGCCAACACACCUUUGCUGUAUUAACAUCCCUCCCCAGACAUCCAUCCUGCUACUCACCCUCUGUUAAUCUCCUGUUACACUCAGCUUCUUGGCAUGUACAUAUUCAUUUGUGAGUGUUAAUGUGCUGCUGUUUUUUGUUUUUUGGUGGUUUUUGUUUUUUGUUUUUUUUGUUUUGAGAUGGAGUCUUACUCUGUCGCCCAGGUUGGAGUGCAGUGGUACGAUCUCAGCUCACUGCAACCUCCGCCUCCUGGGUUCAAGUAAUUCUCCUGCCUCAGCUUUCCAAGUAGCUGGGAUUACAGGCACCCAUCACCACACCCAGCUAAUUUUCGUCUUUUUAAUAGAGAGGGGGUUUUUCCAUGUUGGCCAGGCUGGUCUUGAACUCCUGACCUCAGGUGAUCCGCCUGCCUCAGCUUCCCAAAGUGCUGAGAUUACAGGCAUGAGCUACCACGCCUGGCCCGUGUUGCUGUUUUAAAGGUGCUGCCAUGUUCCCCCAUCUUUUUUUUUUUUUGAGACGGAGUCUCGCUCUGUCGCCCAGGCUGGAGUGCAGUGGUGGCGAUCUUGGCUCACUGCAAGCUCCGCCUCCCAGGUUCACUCCAUUCUCCUGCCUCAGCCUCCCAAGUAGCUGGGACUACAGGCACCCACCACCACGCCCAGCUAAUUUUUUGUAUUUUUAGUAGAGAUGGGGUUUCACCGUGUUAGCCAGGCUGGUCUCGAUCUGACCUCAUGAUCCACCCGCCUCGGCCUCCCGAAGUGCUGGGAUUACAGGCGUGAGCCACCACGCCCGGCCUCCCCUCUCAUUUAUGAUGCCCUCUGUGCAGGCAGACGGCUCUUGGGCUCUUUUCCCCACCUGUCUCUAACACAGGCCCCACGGUGAUGGCCACAGGCAGUAGAGGAGGAAUGAGGAUGGGUUGGGGAGUGGGGAGUCGCGGCUUGGCUCUUCCUGGUUUCUGAGAGGGACAUCUUCAUCCCUACUCCCCUUGGUCCCCAACCACAGUCCUGGUGAAGAUGUGGAUGAUAAUGGUGCCUUGAUUUCCAAAUGAAGACAGCUUUAUUGCUUAACUCUAUUGUACAUAGGAUACACGUUCAGUGUAAAAAAGUGUAAAGAAAGGGGAAUUCAGCCUUAAUGCUGCACCUAGAUAUAAAUGCUAAUGAUACUUGGGUUUAUAGCCUUCUGAUCCUUUAUUUCUGCAUAUAUAUAUAGAUAUAUACAUAUAUUUUUGGUAUAACAAUAAACCGUCUCCAUCCUU